CCUUUUGUCCUUCUUGUUGGAACCAUUUUAAGUUUGACUGACCCAGUUACAGACAUACUCACAGCGAUGGAAUUCUACUACGCGGAUCACAAGAUAUGGUUUUACUUGGGGCUUGCUUUCAUUUUUUUUCAAGGUUUGGUGUUGUGUUUUGUAGCCUUGCCUGAUAGUGAACACUACGUGUGUUAUAUAAUAACAUUUCCUUUAAUUAUCAUUUCCGGUGCAUUUCAUUGCCCUAUUCUUCGAGUAGAAGAGUUGGUUUACUACUUGAAGAGAUGGUGGAAUCACAGGCGAGUCGUCACUGAUGAAGACGGAGUUGACGGCGCUGAAGAUUCUCGGAAUAUUGUAAACAUGGCUGUGCUCCUUGAAUCACUCAGUGAAUCUGCCCCUCAGUUUAUACUCCAGCUGUACGUUGCAAGUGUUCAAGAGGAGCCGGUGAAGGUUAUACAAAUCAUUUCAUUACCUGUCUCUUUCUUAAGUCUAGUUUGGGCUUUCACAAGCACUGACGAGGUGAUCUAUGAAGAAAUUGCUAAUACCUGGAAAGUGAAACACAAACUUGCACUUUCAGUAACACAUUUAUUUCUCUUGAGCAGUCGACUACUUGCUGUUUGUUACUUUACAGUCAGCUACAAGUGGUGGGUCACCGUCGUGUUUUUGUUUCACAGUUUACUGAUUGUAACAAUAGACACCAUAUGUGGUUGUACCAACUUAGGGGUCCUCGAAACCAUAAAGAGGAUCUUUUCAAUCUUUCUUUUCUUCGUCCACUGGCUAAGAGAUGACAUUGUAGCGUAUUUCCUAUUUAAAGAGGAACAGCAUUUACUGUGGAAAAGGCAGCUGUUUUCUCAUUGUCUAUUUAUAUCAGAAAACGUCGUCAUCAUUCUGCUGUUCUAUUUCAGCCAACAGUCCAAUACGUGGUACUCAUUACCAGUCACAAUCUGCGUGUGUUUGUUCAGUGUUCUUGGUGCGGUUAUGAGAAUUAUCCUCUUUCGUCAGUUCUACUCAAAGACUGGACCGAUAAUCAAUAACAAUGAUAACGGCUCAGCAGUUCAGCUGACAUCUCAGGGGGAUCCAAGAUUUGGUGAAGGGGAUUCGAAGAAUUGUCCGCCACGGGCGUACGCCUGGGUGGAAGCGUCCACCCCCUCUGCAAGCAUCCAACCCCCUCUUCCGCCUGCCCCUGCCCCUCUCCAGUGACGGGUCCAGACCUUUAACUAGGGAUGGGGGUGGGGGUGCUUGCCUUGCUGGGUUUUCUUCUUUCUGCGAUAUUUUUUAUUUUUUACCCAUGAUGA